AUGGAUUAUCGUAGAGAUUCUUUACGUGUCUCCGACGAUGAGGACUCAUUAUGGGCCAACAUAAGUAAUAAUCUAACCAAACUGGAAAAAAUCGAAGAUGAGGUAGCCGACCUGUCCAGACAAAUCAACCAACAACACGAGUUAAUUCACCAAACCAAUCUGGUAACUCCCGAAAUUAGGGAUAAACUAAAAAACUUGUACAAAAAGGCCUUGGAUCAGACUUCUCGUGAAGAAGAAAUGGCUAAUACAAUAAGUAAAGAUAUUGAUAAAUUCCUUGCAUCGCAAUCACAGGUUGGUAAACAGUCUUUAAAAGUUGCCUCGUCGAUAAGUGAUGAUAGUACUUAUAAAAAAUCAAAAAAACGAGAUCACGAAUCGGCCAGCUUAAGCGGCGGGGUGAACAAACAAAUGAAAAAAUCCAAAGCGUAUGUAAUAUUGAGCAGUGGAAACAUCAUCAAGAAUGGAACAAACGUAGCUGCAAAACAACCAAAAUCAAAGGAUCCCGAGGAAAAUUGGAUCCUGGCAACGGUCGUUGAUUACCGAGUCGAUACUAAACAGUAA